AUGUCAACUCAAACUGACAACACAGAUAACAGAGCUACAAGGAAACGCAUGAAACCUGAGGUGAAAGAAAAGGCGGGAGAUGAAGCAGAAUCACAGUUACAGAAUGUACAGGAGGAAGAUUUUGAGACGAAAGUAACUGGAUCUGAAGAAAUGGAACUCAAUAUCUCUCUUAUUCUGGAGAAUAUUGAGAAUUUUACUCAGAGGGUAUCUGAGCUCCUAGAAUCAGGGAAAACAAUGUUUAAGGAGCUAAGCAAUGAAUUUGAAGAGAAACUGAUUAUGAUUCAUAAGGAGCAAGUCGAAAAAUGGCAGGAAGAAAUCAAAGAGUUGCAUGCACUUGAUGCUUCAAAUGAGGAAGUCAAUGCUCUUCUGCAUAAUGCUCGAUAUCUACUUCAGCUUAAUCGCAAUGACUAG